ACUAUAUAUAUGUGUGUCAAUCUUGUGGAACAAGUAGUAGUAGUAGUGCUCGAGAAAAGUAGAAACUUGAAUUAAACAACCAUUAUUUCCUCAUCAUCAGUUGGUACGUAGCUAGCUAGCUAGUAAUUUUUGUUUGAUCAGCAUGGCCUGCUCGCGAAAUGGUGGUAGCGUUGUGUUCGAAGACUUCUUUCCGGCGAUGGUGGACAAGUUAGGGCAGGAGGGUUUCAUGAAGGAGCUGUGCAAUGGAUUCCACUUGCUGAUGGACCAGGAGAAGGGUUUGAUCACCUUCGAGAGCUUGAAGAAGAACGCGGCGUUGCUUGGCUUGCAAGGCAUGAGCGACGACGAGAUCAGGUGUAUGGUCAGAGAAGGCGAUAUGGAUGGUGACCAAGCUCUCAAUGAGAUGGAGUUCUGCACUCUCAUGUUUAGAUUAAGUCCUGCUUUGAUGGAUUCCUCUAAACAUAUGUUGGAAGAGGCUUUUGAUUCUGAUGAGUUUAAUAAUUAAUCUUCUUCCUCUCUUUCUCUCUUCUCUAGCUAAGUAGUGAGUGAGUGAGUGAGUGAUCAGUUGAAUUAGCUAUAUCUAAGGCAUUACCUAUAUUGAUGUCAUCCCUGCAUAUCGCUUAGCUCUUCUCCACUCUGUAAUCCAAGUAUUUUGUUUAUUGCUGAAAUGAAUUGUUAAGCUUUUGUUUAA